UACGUUGAACGUGUCUUCGCAGGUAGGCUGCGGAUAGGAGUGUUUACAGGGAUGCACUCGUUUAGAGACAAAGAUCAGUGUGUACAUUGACAUUUUCUAAAGAUGGCUCACGCAGCAGCUGCUCUUUUCGUCCUGUAACCGCCUGAGUUCAGACCGAGCAGUAGCUGCAGUGGAGCCUGAUAACUGACAGCUAGUGGACACUGAGCCCAGUGUCGUCCAGCUCGUCGCUGUGAUAUGGCGGAGAGCGGGUCGUCAGCUGAAUUCUCCAGCUCCCUGACGAGUCUUCCACCGCCGAGGACCCGCAUCUUCAAAAUCAUCGUGAUCGGGGACUCCGGGGUCGGGAAGACCUGUCUCACUUACCGCUUUUGUGCCGGCAAGUUCCCCGAGAAGACCGAGGCCACGAUCGGGGUGGACUUCAGGGAGAGACUGGUCGAGAUUGACGGCGAAAAUAUUAAGAUCCAGCUGUGGGACACUGCAGGCCAGGAGCGUUUCAGGAAGUCCAUGGUGCAGCACUACUAUCGCAACGUGCACGCUGUUGUCUUUGUCUAUGACAUCACCAACGCUGCCAGCUUCCACAGCCUCCCUGCCUGGAUCGAAGAGUGCAAACAGCACGCACUGGGCACAGAGGUACCCAGGAUCUUAGUCGGAAACAAGUGUGACCUCCAAGACUCCGUGCAAGUGAACACGGACUUGGCUCAACAGUUCGCAGACGCCCACUCCAUGCCGCUGUUUGAGACAUCUGCAAAGAAUCCCAACAGCCAAGGAGACGGAAACUAUGGAAAUAGUGACCAUGUCGAGGCUAUUUUCAUGACAGUCGCCCAUAAGCUAAAGUCUCAGAAGCCCCUGGUGCUCAGUCAGCCCCCUGAGGCAUCAGGGGGAACCAUCAACCUAAACAGGGGGCGGGAUGAUGGGGGGGACGGGACCAGGAGCUGGGGCUGCACCAGCUGCUGAGCUAACGGAGAGGAUAGAAGGAGACGAGCUCGGCCCAAGGCGGCUGAUGGCCGAUGAGGUUGGAGGCAGACGGGGCAGAGCAAAGAACGGAUGUCAAAAAAGAGAAAAUUGUUCUUAAAAAUGGCUUCACAAUCAGAAAAACACAGACGAAUGUUUCCAGUAGAGGAUAUAUUAGUUCACUGCUUGUGCUUAACUGACUUAUAACCAUUUGAGGCAGUAUGUGACUGUCUGGGAUUGGCAGGGUUCAUGGAAAUGAACUGUGCCAAUGAAUGAUUGGAAAACUGGGGCCAAAAAUCUGAUAUUAAAUCAGUAAUUAUUCUUUUAACUCCUUCAGCAGAGGCAGAUAUGUAGGGUCAAAAUAACAGAGCACUUUACAAAGUAAUGCACUACAUGCCAUUUAAUUAGACUGUAUGUUAGAAGAGCGGUGUCACUGUGGUAUUAUAAUGUUUGUAGACUGCAUUAUCUUAAAGGUGUUGGUUAUCUCUGCCCACCCCGUGGGUGUAAUACUCUGCAGGUGGCUGGUUUUAGUUGUCUCAUUAAAGGCUCCCUGUGAAGUUUGCAUCUAAAUAGUAUUUUCACUCUUUGUUUAUGUUGAGUGCGAAUAUGCAGAAGCAGUAUUCUGAAUAUUUCACAUGGGAUCUGGUCUUCCCAGUCCACGGUCUAUGUUUCUAUUCUGGGACACCAUCAGACUAACUUUGCUCAAGUAACACUACAUUUAAUUCUUUAUUCCUGGGACUUUGAAUUUCCAGUGUAUCCCCUCUGUUCAUACACUUUCUUCUGAUUGGUCGCCCUCCAUAAGCUGAGGGUGUUUUUGCUGAACUGCUUGCUUUCUUAGCUUGUUAUCACCAUUAAUGCUAAAGUUAAUUAUAAGAACCAGAAACAGGCGCGUGCUAGCAGGCUGUGCAGACUGUUAAAAACAGCGGCUACUACUAUGAGUUGAAAACUUUACAGGGUGCCUUUAAAUCCUGUUGCUUUUACUCCAGUGAUUAAAAAAUUGCCAAUGGAAGUCCACUUAUAUUAAUAUUCUGUGUGUAACUUAGUCAUAACGAGUUCACUGAAAUACUAAAUUGGAAUGAAAUGCAUGGAGGGAACAAUAUCCACAUUAUUGACUUUUUAUAGAAAAAGUGGAGUUUUGUCCACUCAGUUUUGGGCUGAUUUAUUGAGUUAUGGACAACCUUUCUUUUUCCUCCCACUAUAUGAACUUUAUUAUUAUGCCGAUGCAUUUGCAUCAGUUGAAGGUUUAAAGAAGGACUGACUAUAAAGUCUUUAACAAAUAAUGCAAUUCAGCCAAACAAAAAAGAUUUAACAUCAAGUUCAUGCCGUGAUGUCUGCUACUGGCAUCACACCUAGUGAACCACUCACUUCUGUUUCAGCUCACUUUUGUUUUUACAGCUGAAGCUGUUUCAGAGAAAACGAUAUUAAUCCACUUCCCACUGUUCCUCCGAACAGUGGGGGAAACUGCUAAGGUGUUUUCAGUGCAUGUACAGUCAUUGCUAAACACAGCUACCAGUAGAUAUACUUGGUACUUAAUGUCCUGAUAAAUGUCCCAGGAAAGCACAAAAACAUCCACAUAAUUACGAGACAACUCAAAUUUGUUUUUUGAGCAAAAUCUUUGCUAAUAAAUUGUUUGUAGACGUAGCAUUAGCAUUAGCGGACAGUUAACGAACGGUAUUAUCUUUCACACCUUUACUGAAAAAUUGUGCCAAUAAAAGGUGAGGAUGGAAAAAUUGGAAAGAAAUAAAUGAUCAAGUCUUUUUCAUGUUAGGCCUUAAUAUAGCUCCUCAUAAUUGGAGCUAAAAUAUCCAGGAAAUCGUGGCUACCAUCUAGCUGCUAAUCUAGUUUGCUAAUUUCCUCUGUUUUUGUUUCACUUCUGAACAGUGGGAGGAACUGGUAAGGUGUUUUCUAUGUAUGUACAGUCUGUGUGCAGCAGUUGUUAUUAUUAGGCCUUCAAAUGAACCUUUAUAUACUGCAAUAGAGUACCACAGGAAACAGUCUGAAAAGAGCUAGCAUCGUUUCACUCUCUUUUCUCCAGGUUUUUGUUUUUGAAUGGAUUUGCUUCCUGAAACAAGAUCUGUAGUUUUACUAUAACAUAAAAACUGGGAGUAAAUACCCUGCUGAUGAACACUGAGAUUGUGGUUUAGCUAAGAAGUGGUUAAAUGGCAUUGCAAAAGUUGUCAGGAAUAUAAAAUGUAACAGGAGCUAAGCAGUGGGGAUGCUAAAAUGAUUUGCUGACAAAUUUUAUUAAGAUAUCGAUAAAUCUUGAAAACACCUUUGGCUUUUUGAAACAUUUUAGAUUUAUGCUAAUGUUCUAAGAUGCCCCACAAAAAUAUGGCGCUAUUGCUUUUCCAAUUCCUAAUGUUGUCUGUAAUUCAGGAGCAAUGACAUAUAAGGAAUGUGCUCAGUCAAAAGGGAACCUUUAAGGGAAAUACUGGUUAAAACUUUUUGUUUGCCUGCUUCUUUUUAUGUGUAGGGUACAAUUCUGCAUAGCUGGCCAAUCAGAUGAUUAAAACAAAUGCCUCUCAUUCAAAAGUAAAAGCUUUCUAGUAAGUAUGUAUCAAGGUGGUGGUGGUGGCCUAAGACGCCAGCCAUCCACCCAAGAUGCAUUCUUCAGAUCCCCUCCCAGAUCAUUAAGCCCUCACUCACAUGUUUGUCUGUGUGACCAUAACAACUCACAGGAUGGUGGGGAGGGGGAAACACCUGAUGAAGGAUUGACACCUUGGCUAGCGUGACCUAGAGGUGUGAAUCUACUCUGAAACCACCUCCAAGAGGACAGUUCAUCAAAGGGUUAAAUACCUGGGACUCUCAAUUUUUAAAUAGUUUUUUCUUUACAAAAAAGGGAAAAGUAACUAUCAGGCAAAUUGUUAUUGUAGACAUUGCACUGACCUUGGAUUUCCCUACUUCAUAGUGUGUCGCUCAGGUGUCUUAACAUGUGGAGUGAUGUCUACAUCCGCUACUUAGAUUACACAUAAGCUUGUGAUAUAAUACUAAGCAUGUCUGGCAGCAUUCUACAAUAAAUGCCAUCUUUCCCUCCACAAGCAGCGACGGCCCCUUGGCUGGUGUCCAUAGAGUAAUUUUGUGGCUUUGUGUCAGUUUGUGCAUGUCUGACCACAGCUGGUCCUGUGGCUAUUCUGCUGAUCACCUACAGGUUUUGCUUACGUCGUCUUAAUACACAGACAGUAAAUGAAAACGCCGCUUUCUCUCAGGACUUCCUGUUCACAGCCCAAGCAUCUGUGGAGCCUGUCAGCGAUGUGACUGGAAUGGAGGGUGGGCGCUGUGUGGGUUUUAAUUGUUGUGGGUUCGGCUGCUGCUUUUUUCUGUUCGCAAAGUGUCCUUUGUUUUCAUUCCAAGUCCGCCUUCACACUGGGCUCUACUGUAACUUCCUUUGGUUUACUUUUGUUCUUUAAAGAUGCAAGACAGGAUUGCUGUAUAUCUUACUGUAAAUGGGCCGGAAGAAAUGAAUGAAUUAAAUCCAUUAAACUGGUGGAGAAAAAGGUA